GCACGAUAUAUGAAAGACCUCUUCUCGCUUGCAACUCGUCCUUCUGAUCGUCUCACUCACAUCACCACCACCAACACGACCCAUGGCUCAAGCAUCACCUGCUCAAGUCCUUCCCCCAGGCGCGGGCUGGGCCGUCGUCGUCGCCCUCGCCGUUGGAUUCUCCGGCCUCAUGCUUGCCAUCAUCUUCGUGCAGCGCCGCUACAGUGGUCUCACCAACGACAAUGAAGAGUUCUCCUCCGCAUCACGCUCCGUCAAGCCUGGACUCGUAGCAGCCGGCAUCGUGUCAGCAUGGACGUGGAGUGCGACAUUGCUGCAGAGCGCGGCAACGGGUUACAAGUUCGGCAUCGCUGGACCUCUCGCCUACGCAGCAGGCGCCACAGUUCAAGUUCUCCUCUUCGCCGUCAUUGCAUCGAACCUCAAGCUCAAUGCCCCCUUCGUCAAUACGUUCCUCCAAGUCGUCCGAGUGCGAUGGGGCAAGCCGCUUCACAUCCUCCUCACCACCUUCUCUCUGGCCACAAAUGUCCUCGUCAGCUCCAUGCUCAUCCUUGGAGGCUCAUCAACCGUCAAUCAGCUCACGGGCAUGCCAGUCCUCGCUGCCGUCUGGCUCACGCCCAUCGGUAUCGCAGGCUACGUUCUGAUCGGCGGGCUGCGCUCCUCACUCAUCGCCGACUACACACACACGGCCGUCCUCGUCGCUCUCAUCCUCGCUUUUGCAUUCACUGUAUACGCCGCCUCGCCCAAGAUCGGCUCUUUCUCCCGCAUGGCUGAGCUCCUUGAGCUGGCACCUAAAGUAGAUGGCAACGCCGCGGGCUCCUACCUGACCAUGCGCUCCAAGCCAGGCCUGCUUUUCGGAAUCAUCAACGUGCUCGGCAACUUUGCAGCGGUCUUCGGCGACCAAAGCUACGCGCAGCGGGCCAUUGCAGUGAAGGGUGACCAAGCAACGAAAGGCUUCAUUCUCGGUGGACUGGCCUGGACAGCCAUCCCGCUCGGCAUUGCGACCAGUCUUGGACUCGCAGCGAGGGCUCUGACGGGCCAAGACCCGGAGAUGGCGGUCCUGACGGCUGAACAGGUAUCCCAAGGUCUGCCCGCACCGGCUGCGGCGGCCGCUCUUCUGGGCAAGUCCGGCGCCGUCAUGAUGCUAGUCUUGCUCUUCCUUGCAGUCACUUCUGCUUCAGCGGCCCAAUUGGUGGCGGUGAGCAGCGUCCUCUCUUACGACGUCUACCAGCCCUACAUCAACCCCGCCGCAACCUCCCGCCAGCUCUUCUUCGUUUCGCACGCGGGCAUCGUGGCAUGGGCUCUGGCCAUGAGCGCCUUUGGUACCAUCUUCAACUACGCGACCAUCUCCAUGGGAUGGCUCUACGUGGCGAUGGGCAUCCUAGUUGGUCCCAGCGUCGUCUCCAUCUUUUGCUGCACGACCUGGUCGAAAGCCAACCGCACCUCUUGCUUUGUUGCGCCGAUCGUGGCCGAGAUCGUCGCCAUCGCCGUCUGGCUGGGCUCUGCCAAAGGCCUCGAAGGCGAAGUCACCAUCACGAGCACGUCAGCCGAUUACCCACUAGUCGCAGGCAACCUUGUCGCUGUCCUCCUUCCCGCUCUCAUCAUCGUGCCGUGGAGCCUUUGGAAGCCCGAGGCGUAUGACUGGGAGGCCACGCGAAGCAUCAAUGCUCCGUGGAGGAAUGAGGCAGCCCCUUCAUCCUUGACCUCGUCGUCUGAAAAGAUUGGGGACGGUGACAAGGACAAGAUCAGCAUGCCGCGGGGCGACGACACAGCGGUCGCUACCCUGGAAUACGACCGCCUCGCUACUUUGCGUGCGGCCGGCCUCGACCCACAGGCGCUCGUUGCCUCCCGUCGCCUAGCUGUGCGCACUGCGCUCCUCCUUAGCUUCAUUCUAUUGAUCCUCGUUCCUGCCAUGGCGUGCAUCCCGCGCACCUUUUCACACGCUGGAUUUGCGGCGUGGGGCAGCAUCAUCAUCGGCUGGCUCUUCGUCACAGCCUUCAUUGUCGUCGUUUACCCUGUGUGGGAGAGUCGCGAGUCUCUGGGCGCGGUGAUCAAGGGUGUUGUCAAGGACCUGACCGGGAAUACCUAAGCGUGGCAUCCAAAUGUAAAGCAUCGUCUCAGAUCUCGUCGUCC